AGGCGCAUUUCCAACGAUUGGAAGGCGAGGGCGGGGUGUCUUUCCUUUCGCUGAUGCAAGAGCCUAGUGCGGUGGUGGGAGAGGUAUCGGCUGGAGCAGCGCUGCCGCCAAGGCCUGGGGCUGACCCGUCCGACUUCCCAUUUGUGUUGAAGCUACCCGAGCCGCAGCCAUGUCCGGGGACGAGAUGAUUUUUGAUCCUACUAUGAGCAAGAAGAAAAAGAAGAAGAAGAAGCCUUUUAUGUUAGAUGAGGAAGGAGAUGCUCAGACAGAAGAAACUCAGCCUUCAGAAACAAAAGAAGUGGAGCCAGAGCCAACUGAGGACAAAGAUGUAGAGGCCGAUGAAGAGGACAGUAGGAAAAAAGAUGCUUCUGAUGAUCUCGAUGACUUGAACUUCUUUAAUCAGAAGAAAAAGAAGAAAAAAACAAAAAAGAUAUUUGAUAUUGAUGAAGCUGAAGAAGGUGUAAAGGAUCUUAAGAUUGAAAGUGAUAUCCAAGAACCAGCUGAACCAGAGGAUGACCUUGACAUAAUGCUUGGCAAUAAAAAGAAGAAAAGGAAGAAUGUCAAGUUCCCAGACGAGGAUGAAAUUCUAGAGAAAGAUGAAGCUUUAGAAGAUGAAGACAGCAAAAAAGAUGAUGGUAUCUCAUUCAGUAACCAGACAGGCCCUGCUUGGGCAGGCUCAGAAAGAGACUACACAUAUGAAGAGCUAUUGAAUCGAGUGUUCAACAUCAUGAGGGAAAAGAAUCCAGAUAUGGUUGCUGGAGAGAAAAGGAAAUUUGUUAUGAAACCUCCACAGGUUGUCCGAGUAGGAACCAAGAAAACUUCUUUUGUCAACUUUACAGAUAUCUGUAAACUAUUACAUCGUCAGCCCAAACAUCUCCUUGCAUUUUUAUUGGCUGAAUUGGGUACAAGUGGUUCUAUAGACGGUAAUAAUCAGCUGGUAAUCAAAGGAAGAUUCCAACAGAAACAAAUAGAAAAUGUUUUGCGAAGAUAUAUCAAGGAAUAUGUCACCUGUCACACAUGCCGAUCACCAGACACAAUUCUGCAAAAGGACACCCGACUCUAUUUCUUACAGUGCGAAACUUGUCAUUCUCGAUGCUCUGUUGCCAGCAUCAAAACCGGCUUCCAGGCUGUCACCGGCAAGCGAGCACAGCUCCGUGCCAAAGCUAACUAAUUUGCUAAUCACCACUGAUUUUUCAAAGUGUGUUGUGGAGAUUUGGCUGGACAGGUUUACCAUCAGAGUGGAAAUACCAUUGUAUUAAAAACAAGAUAGAAAUGCUGCCAAGUUCCUUGGCAUGUGGCUGGUUGAUCUGAAAUCCUUGCAAGAUGUGGAUGCUCAAGCUGUUGGCAUACUCAUUACCUACUUUAACAACUGUCAGAAACUUGAUGGGGUAAGGAGGUGCUUUUUUAAAAUCGUUCAUAGACUUCUGUAAAAUGCAAGAUAAAUUAAAGUUAUUAUAACAGUGAUUCUAUUUGAUUUGUUCUUCAGUUUUCUUUUCUAUAAAAAUUGUGCUUGAUGAAUUCAAUACAACAGCUUGUGCCUGGCAAGACUCUGUACCUUUGUUCUGAGAAACUGGACAUGGCAGGCACUUAACACUAGCCAGCCAUUUUUCUACUCCACUUCUUUAGAGCUGUACAUAAAGUAGAAACAGCUUCACAUGGGAAGGUGAUUAGAGCAAGAACUGUGACACAGCCUGUUUUCAGUGUCUUAAGGAACAAUUAUAUGGCUUUGAAUUAUUUUCAUUAUGGUGAAGAUCAUUGCCACUACCUUACUGCCAAGUACUCCAGCUGUUACCACGUGAGGGAAUACAUGGUGCUAUGUACCCUCCCUCCUUAGAACUUUCUUUAUUGGCCACUAAGCGUGUCUCGAAAAUUAGUACACUAAGAAAGCGCCUAACUGGGCAUCUUUAGGUUAGGUGAUGUGCUAUGUGCAGUGCAGAUAACUCUUAUUAGAAUCUAAGCCACCAUACUAAAGGAAGUUUUCCUUCCCAGCUUGUGUUUUGGGUUUGAAAGAGGCCUAUCACAAGUACAUUUCUAUUUUUUAAUCACUGUGACCCUUAAAGUGUUGUAAAGCACUUUGGCACUGGAGAAAGCAGAGCAUUCCCUUAAUAGACCCUGAGGGGACUACACACUGGCUAAGCUGCCAAGGCUGUCCCCGAUGAACUCAACUACUGUUUAUAAUGCCAUCUUGACCCCCUUUUGUACCUAUACCCACACAAUUUCCAAUGUUGGAUGUUAAUGGUGUGAAUAAAGCAAGGAUCAUGCCUCUUGUGUAA